AUGAAUCCAGUAAACACCAAGCCAUACCAACUCCCAGCUGAUGCAACUUGGCUCAUCACUGGCUGUUCCAGUGGUAUUGGUCGUGCCAUUGCAGAGUUGGUCGCUAGCAAGCCUGGGCAACGUCUAAUUGCAACAGCUCGCAACCCCGACAGUCUGUCUUAUCUGGCAGACAGCGACGCAAUCUUGAAGCUGCAUCUCGAUGUCACAUCACCUGCUUCAGUCGAGCAAGCUUUCAAGGCGGCGGCGGACCAUUUUGGGGAGAGCUUCCAUGUGGAUGUCCUCGUUAAUAACGCUGGCUACGAAUUGGCAGGCGACACCGAAGCGGCGACCGAGGAAGAGAUGCACGCCCAGUUUGAGACCAACUUCUUUGGCACAGUUCGCGUGGCCACUCAAGCUACCAGAGUGAUGAGAAAGUCCAAGGACCAUCGCGGCGGCAUCAUUUUCAACAUCUCGUCCUUGGCUGGUGUCGCAGCUUUUCCCGGUCAGGCGUUUUACCACGCCAGCAAGUUUGCCGUGGAGGGCUGGUCAGAGUCUUUUGCGCGAGAGCUGCAUCCAGAUUGGAACAUCAACAUUUGCAUCGUCGAGCCGGGUGGCGUCAAGACCGAGUUUGAGCGGGGCAGCAAAAAGUUCACCCAGAUCCACAAGGACUAUGACGGCGCCGACAUGCCAGCACGAAAGCUGGCGGCGUGGGUGAAGAAUGGUAUCGCCAGCGGUGCCGGUGGUGUCCUGCCCUCGGCCGUUGCUCGUGUAUUAUACCUCGUGGCCAGCCGGAAUGACAAGGUGCCUCUGUGGUUGCCUUUGACGAGCACAGCCUAUCAGCUAAUCAAGAUGAAGUCCCAGGCUCGCCUCGAUAAUCUAGAGGCUACGAAAGAGCUGGUAUUCAUCGAGAACCGGGAAACUUGA